AUGUCAUUCCGUAGCAUAGUUCGUGAUGUAAGGGAUAGUUUCGGGAGCUUGUCUAGGCGUAGUUUUGAUGUCAGACUUACGGGUCAUCAUAGAGGAAAAUCUCAAGGAUCGGUGCAGGAUUUGCAUGACCAACCUCUGGUGAUUCAAAAUAGCCGCUGGGCGAGCUUACCCCCAGAAUUACUGUUUGAUAUCAUUAGAAGGCUAGAGGAGAGUGAGAAUACAUGGCCGUCUCGAAAGCACGUUGUUGCAUGUGCUGCAGUUUGCCAGUCUUGGAGGAACAUGUGCAAGGAAAUUGUUAAGAGCCCAGAGUUCUGUGGCAAACUUACAUUCCCCGUGUCCUUGAAGCAGCCUGGACCACGGGAUGGAAUCAUUCAAUGUUUUAUCAAAAGAGAUAAAUCUAAUCUAACAUACCACCUAUUCCUUUGUCUCAGCCCUGCUUUGUUGGUUGAAAAUGGAAAAUUCCUCCUUUCUGCUAAGAGGACAAGGAGAACAACUUACACUGAGUAUGUUAUUUCCAUGGAUGCCGACAACAUCUCUAGAUCAAGUAACACUUACAUCGGAAAGCUGAGAUCAAAUUUUCUUGGUACAAAAUUCAUUAUAUAUGAUACACAGCCUCCAUACUCUUCUGCCCAUAUAUGCCCUCCUGGGACUGGGAAGACGAGCCGCAGAUUUUAUUCGAAAAAGGUCUCGCCUAAGGUCCCAUCUGGAAGUUACAACAUAGCUCAGGUAACAUAUGAAUUAAAUGUGCUUGGGACUCGAGGCCCACGAAAGAUGCACUGCGUCAUGCAUUCGAUACCAGCAUCAGCAUUGGAUGCCGGUGGCACGGUUCCCGGCCAGCCAGAGCUUCUUCCCCGUUCUCUGGAGGACUCUUUUCGGAGCAUCUCAUUUUCUAAGUCUCUAGAUCGCUCUAUCGAGUUCAGUAGUUCACGGUUUUCUGAAAUUGGAGAAUCCUGUAUGGAGGACGAUGAUGGCAAACUGAGACCCUUGGUUCUGAAAAACAAGCCUCCAAGAUGGCAUGAGCAGUUACAAUGUUGGUGCCUUAAUUUUCGUGGCCGAGUAACCGUUGCAUCUGUUAAAAACUUUCAGUUGAUCGCUGCCACCCAACCAGCUGCCGGUGCACCUACACCAUCUCAACCGGCUCCACCAGAACAUGAUAAGAUCAUUCUUCAGUUUGGAAAAGUUGGGAAGGACAUGUUCACCAUGGAUUAUCGGUACCCUUUAUCUGCAUUCCAAGCUUUUGCAAUAUGCUUGAGCAGCUUUGACACCAAAUUGGCUUGUGAAUAA